UUCAGCUUUUAAUACCCUUCAACCACUCAAAGGAAAUUGAAACCAAAACAAUAAAAAAAAAUCAAUGAAUUAUUUUCUUUCAAUAAACUUUGUGGUUCGAUUCAUUGAAGAACAACCCUAUUUGCUUGUGUUCAUCAACAAAGCUUAAAAGGGUAUAUAUAUAUAUAUAUAUAUUCAGCUCAUAGUGGCUUAAUUUGGGUUGUAGCAAUGGUGGCUCCGCUUUAUCACCGCCCUCACCGGCUUCUCCUCGACAACAAUGGCACCAAACCCCGUAGUUCUUUCACCAACGAAGCCAAUUUCGAUACCAACAUGGUGAUCAUCUUAGCAGCUUUGCUAUGUGCGUUGAUAUGUGCUCUAGGGCUAAACUCGAUCGUUCGUUGCGCAUUACGGUGUAGCCGGAGGUUUGCUUUCGAGACUCCCGACGAGACUGCAGCGCGCUUGGCGGCUACCGGGUUGAAAAAGAGCGCGUUGCGGCAAAUUCCGGUGGCCGUGUACGGUUUUGAGAUGGAUUUAAAGGCUACGGAUUGUCCGAUUUGUCUCGGUGAGUUCAUGGAUGGAGAGAAAGUUCGGGUAUUGCCUAAAUGUAACCAUAGUUUCCAUGUUAGGUGUAUAGAUACUUGGCUGUUGUCGCACUCGUCGUGCCCGACUUGCCGACAAUCGUUGCUUGAACCGGCGGUGACUUGUUCCGAAGCUGCACCGGUGGUGAUGGAGACCGGAAUCCGGCAACAUGGGAAUUCAUCAGGGGGACAUGCUGAUGUACUUGUUGCUGAUGAGGUUGGUUGAUAUCCUUGUAUGAAAAUAGUUCUUCACCAUAUAAAAAGCUUCUCCUUUUUCCCUAUGUACAUAUUCCAGUUAAUUGAAAUGGAAAACAAAACUGGUUUUUACUUUUUA